CAUUUUGCAACACUGAACAGGGAUAGGGAACUAACAUAAAGCAAUUUUGCAAUUUUGCAUUGUUGGUGUUGAAGUUUUAAAGAUAAAAGUUUCAUUAAUUUUUUAUUUUUAUUGAAGAAGUCGUUGUCGACCACUAAUAAACUGUUUGGGGCUACUAAGGUUUAAUUGACCAAAAUGACAAAACAAUGGGGUCAAAAAGCCGAAGAAUUGGAGAUUUCGAACAAAAUAGCUGGUUUGGGGGUGUCAAAAAAUGGACCGAAUCAAACGUCAGAUUCUGAAGAAGCUGCAGAUGCAGCUAACCCAGCUGAGACUUCGUUAUUAAUGAAAAUAAUCCGACAAGGACUUGUUGAAUCUAAGUUAGACAUUGAAGUUCAAAGGAAAAACCCCAGUUCUCCAUUAUACUCUGUUAAAACUUUUGAAGCCCUACACUUAAAGCCAAACUUGCUAAAAGGUGUAUAUGCAAUGGGCUUUAAUGCUCCGUCGAAAAUACAGGAAACAGCAUUACCUACACUAUUAGCAGAUCCGCCACAGAAUAUGAUUGCUCAGUCUCAGUCUGGUACUGGUAAAACAGCUGCUUUUGUUUUAGCAAUGUUGAGUAGAAUUGAUCCCACUAAAAAUUACCCACAAGUUCUGUGCCUCAGCCCAACAUAUGAACUUGCCAUACAAACUGGAGAAGUGGCAGCCAAAAUGGCUAAGUUCUGUCCAGAAAUAAAAUUAAAGUAUGCAGUGCGAGGAGAAGAAUUGCCUAAAGGAACUAAAAUCACUGAUCACAUCCUUAUUGGGACCCCUGGCAAGUUGCUCGACUGGGGUAUUAAGUUUUGCAUGUUUGAUUUGAGCAAAAUCAAAGUAUUUGUCUUAGAUGAAGCUGAUGUAAUGAUUGACCGGCAAGGUCACCAAGACCAAUGUAUUCGCAUCCAUAAAUGCUUACCUUCUACAUGUCAAAUGAUGUUCUUCUCUGCUACGUAUGACAGUGCUCUUAUGGAAUUUGCAGAAAUUAUUGUACCCAAUCCUAUUAUAAUUAGAUUACUCAGAGAAGAAGAAUCUUUGGAUAACAUAAAACAAUAUUAUGUGAAGUGCAAAAGUCCCGAAGAUAAAUAUAAAGCUAUCUGCAAUAUUUAUGGAGUUAUAACAAUUGGCCAGGCAAUCAUAUUUUGUCACACUCGAAAAACAGCCAGUUGGUUAUCAGAAAAAAUGUCAAAAGAUGGACACUCUGUAGCUGUACUCUCUGGUGAAUUGACCGUUGACCAGAGAAUAGCAGUUCUAGACAGAUUUCGAGCUGGCCUUGAAAAGGUGUUAAUAACAACCAAUGUAUUGUCCAGAGGAAUUGAUGUUGAACAAGUCACUUUGGUAGUUAACUUUGACAUGCCAAUGGAUCUAGAUAAGAAAGCUGAUUGUGAAACAUAUUUGCACAGGAUUGGGCGUACAGGAAGAUUUGGCAAAGCGGGCAUAGCUAUAAAUUUAAUUGAUUCUAAUCAAGCAAUGGAAAUUUGCUUAGAUAUUGAAGCACAUUUUGGUAAAAAAAUUAAAUUGUUAGACAUAGAAGAUGCCGAGGAAAUUGAGAAGAUUGGUGCUUAAUAAAUUUGAAAAUUUUGCCUUAUUCCAUUACAAGCCUACUUUUGCUCUAAAAGCAUUGGAAAACUUGGCUUGGCUAAUAAACCAGGACAUUGUUUUUUAUGUGAAUAAGAUUACUGAAUUAAGUAAUAAACCAGUUAUUUUGCUUAUUGUUAAGUACAAUUUCAUUAUCAUUGCACAUUUUGUAAAGUAAAAAUAAACCAUUUUGAUUUUCUAA